CGUUUUAACGUUAUGCUGGUAACUAAAGCUGUGUUUCUAAUGCCAUUUUAAAACAUGUAACAUUUUCUUCCCUGAUUUUCACGCUGUCACACGUAGGUUGGCAGCAGCGCGACAGCUGAGGACUUUUGUUUCCUGGAUAUCAGACUCAUCCCGCUUCCUGUACUCUCUUUGCCACAACCUACAACAGAUUGUACACAAUCAUCAUGGCGACCCAGGAUGGAAGUGAAGAAGUCAUAAUGGAAACUGAGGCAAAGCCAAAAGAAGCAGAACCACUAAGCGAAGAUGUCGAGAAAGGUGACGGAGAAACUACGUCUCACACAGAUGCAGGAAACGCCACAACUCAGGACUCUAGUAUUAGCAAUGGGGACGAUGCAGACGACAAGCAGGAAACGGUGGACUUGAAGAUUAUCUGGAACAAGAAUAAAUAUGAUCUGAAAAUUCCUGUUGACAGCACCGGAGCCAAACUAAAAGAGAGGAUCCACUCACUCACUGGUCUUCCACCGGCAAUGCAGAAAGUGAUGUACAAAGGGUUGCUUCCAGAGGACAAGACGCUACGUGAAAUAAGGGUUACAAAUGGUGCAAAAAUUAUGGUGGUAGGAUCCACAAUAAAUGAUGUAUUAGCUGUUAACACACCCAAAGAGGUCAUUCAGCAGGAAGUAAAAGCCGAAGAAAACAAGAAAGAGCCUUUAUGUAGGCAAAAGCAACACAGGAAGGUUUUGGACAAAGGUAAACCAGAUGACAUUAUGCCAGCUAUUAAAGGAACAAAGGAACGAUUACCAACUGUGCCUUUAUCCGGAAUGUUUAACAAGUCCGGAGGAAAAGUUAGACUCACAUUCAAACUGGAGCAAGAUCAGCUGUGGAUCGGAACAAAAGAGAGAACGGAGAAAGUCCCAAUGGGCUCCAUUAAAAACGUAGUGUCUGAACCCAUCGAAGGCCACGAGGACUAUCACAUGAUGGCUUUUCAGUUGGGUCCGACGGAAGCUUCUCAAUAUUGGGUCUACUGGGUGCCUGCACAGUUUGUCGAUGCAAUCAAAGACACAGUCCUUGGAAAAUGGCAGUAUUUCUAAUGUGCCUCUUUUUUUGACAAUGAUGAACUGGGAUUGAGAGAAGGAGCCAAUGAAAAAUGAAACUGGAGUCAACUGUGAGGCUUAAGGAACUUCUUGGAAUAUGUAUUCGAAGGAAACUGACGGAUGCCUGUGGACUAAUCAUAUUCUUUUUAGGUUAAAAGUGCACUAUGUGGCAGCAUAACAUUUCUCAGCCCUGUUGAUCAUUCAAGAUUUUCAGCAAAUCCAAGGGAAAACCAUGAAAAAAAAUUGUACAGAAAUUGCUAACACUUUUCUUCAGUUAUUCUUAAAGAAAUAAAAAUUAUUUAAUGAAAUGAA